AUGGGUCACAAGUGUUGGCACCUGCAUCUGUCGCUUAUCAUUUCUAUAUUACUGUGGAAUUCGGCGGGUGCGCAGCAAAUCAAGAGUAUAACACCCAACAGUGGCGGCAUCAAUGGAGGAACAAGACUGACCAUAAACGGGGAAGGUUUUGCUGAAGUCAGUCAGUUCGGUGUAAAUGUAGACGACCCAAUCAAUGGCAACAAUGUGACUUUGGUGUCUCGGACGAGAUCGAUUCCCUGUGAUGUCGAAAACGAUUCCAGUCACUCCAAACAGAUUGUGUGCUAUACAAGAGCACUUCCAGAAGAUCAUUAUGACGUCAGCGUGAAUGGUGUUUCUGCAGAGGGUUUUGGCAUUUCCAAGUUCAGUAGCGGAUAUGGUUCUACACCCACCAUUCAAAGUCUCAGCCCACAUUCUGGUCUUCCAGGGACUGUGGUGACAAUCCGAGGAAACAUUUACACUGAUGUGUAUGGAAGCAAUGCUGAGAGUCAGAAACCACGAUUUGUUAGGGCAUACAUGGGUGGCAUGUCUUGUGAACUACUGAAACCUAAUUCAGAGGAAAAAUACGGUCUGAAAUUGGACAAUGAGAAGAGUUUCUCAGGAUACAUGAGUUGCAAAAUGACGGGAACAUAUGUUGGUGAUCAAAAUUUCAGUUAUAUUCUGGAUGGUGCAUAUGGGAGGAGUCUGCCAGAUCUUGAGCUUUUCAAUGUCUCAUCGCUUAACAAGCUUGCCAUGUUCCAGACAUACGCUGAGGUGACAGGAGUUUCUCCAUCUGAGGGCAGCGUGUUGGGUGGCACAUCAUUGACCAUUCAGGGACGCUACUUUGACCAGACUAACCUGCCAGCUGUAGUUUUAGUGGGAGGUAAAGAGUGUCAGAUUCAGAAUGUAUCAGAUGAGAAGAUAGUCUGUUUGACUCCUGGCCAUGAAAGGACUAACAUGACCGUUUUUCCAGGCAGCAGAGGAUUACGGAUGGAAAUGUGGAAUAACAGUGAUCCCAUUGAUCUAGAGGACGUUUUGGACUAUAAUGCCAGCAUGCCGGGUUAUUCUGUACAGUGGGUGGAUUCUCUGUCCUAUGUGUUUCCUGCUGAAAUGAAUAACUUUGUGGCUCGAUUGAGCGGUUUCUUUGUUCCGAUGGAAACAGACAACUACUAUUUCCUAAUCAAAGGAGACUAUCGGUGCAUGCUAUAUUUCAGCCUGACAGGUCUUUCACAGGAUAAAGUCAGGAUUGCAUAUCAUGAUAACUCUACAAACAGUUUCUAUGUCUAUACCUCCCAGAAGUCAGAGAUCAUGCGUUUAAAGAAGGGAAAACCAUACUACAUUGAGGUUCUAGUGCAGGAGUAUUAUGAUGAAGCUUCAGUUGACGUGGGCUUUUUCAAAGAGAUCAGUACUUUCACAGACAACCAGACUAAAGAAGCCAUCAAUGAGAAACAGCAAAUAAAUGCCAGCUAUGAUGUUUUACCUGAGAAACAGAUGAUUAGCUUCGAGGGAUGGACACCAGUGAGCACCGUCCAAGAGGUGCAAACUUUGCGAAUCAGAAGUGACUGCUUUUCAACGGGCUUUUGUGACAACACAUACUACUUUCUGGGAUAUGGAGAUCAGAAAACAGGGCAGAUUCCAGUCAGUGCAUCAGCGUUGGACUUACAGAACGCUCUGAAUGAUUUGUGGACAAUUAAACCAGACAAUGUUACAGUCACAAAGCAAAAACUGAGCACAGAGACACUUUACAAUGUGACAUUCAACUCAAACAGAGGUGACUUUGAGGAUCUUCAGUAUUGGACCAUGGGGCCAGAUGUAAACAUCACAGUUACUGAGCGGGUAAAAGGGAAGGCCAGUCUGGAGAGUUUUACACUGAUGUGGGGUGGAGUCCCAUCUACUCCUCUGACAUAUGAUGCAUCUGAGACUGAGGUGCUGGAUGCAAUAAAUGUGAUGCUCUCCGCUAAAUGUCCAUCUGAGAUUCCUUCUAGUGAGGAUGAUAAUGUGUUUUUUUUCAGAGAUUAUGAAGACGGAACCCUGGUCAACGAUACUGAAGCGUUCUGUGGCCGUUGGUCUCUACAGAACCCAAGUACUCUAUACGACUACAAAGACUAUACAGAUUCUGGAACAUCCUACAACCCAAUACCACUACAGACAUACAAUACUCUCUGCUUGGCUUACAAAGGCCAUUUGAAGAAUGAACUUGAAGUCUCAAUCAGAUACCCCUACAGCGAUAAUGAUUAUAAACCGGAUGAGACUAAACAAAUCUCUGUGCAGUUUGACUCAACAGAUGAGUGGAAAUACAAGUGUGUGGAUCUCCUGGAUUCCCUUCAGCAAAUAAUUACAGGCUCCGACUACCAUUUACUUUAUCUGAGUUUGAAUGGAGAGAGUGAUAAUUCUGUUUACCACAUAGAUACUAUUCACAUAGGAAUGGCAGCGACCGCUUUGGACCCUUAUGUUAUAAUGCAGAAAAGAAGCCCACCUGCUCUUGGCAGCUCAGGACCUUUCUUUUCCAACAUUGAUGUGCAAAAGCAAGUAAGCGAUUCAGGAGUCAGCUAUGAGAUCACAGCAUCAACAUACCAAUGUGGCUUUGGCAUCCCAUUGUUGGAAAUCGGCUUUCUCCAGAAACUGCCAAACAGGACAGAAGAUUUAUUGAUUCAACGCCAGCAGAAUGCCAUAGUGACCAUUACCCGGCUUCACAAAGCCAACCCGCCACUUAAUGGAACCUUUGACGUUUCAUUCUUUGGUCGACGUGUGAAAGGUCUGCCAGUAAACAUCAGUGCUGCGGACCUUCAGUUCGCUCUACAGGGGAUUCCAGAGCUCGGUCAGCUGAACGUGCAGAGAUCUGGAGAUUGUAAGGGAUACAGUUGGGACAUCUGGUGGCUCACUGUCCCUGGCAAUCAGCCACUGUUAGAGAUUGAUUCUUCUGCUGUGAUCGGCGUAAACCUUUCUGUGACGUCUCACAAAGUUGAGCAAGGAGGACUUCUCAAAGAAAGAAUUACGGGAGAUUUUCUGCGCACACCAACAGAUAAACCACAGGUGGAGGUUUUCAUCAACGGCAUCCCAUCGUGGUGUUCGGGUGACUGUGGUUUCACCUGGAGUGAAUCUAAGACACCAACACUGACAGGAAUUUCACCUACUGAAGGUUCUAGUGGUUUAUCAACUCUUCUUAACAUAACUGGAUCCGGAUUUGACAAUAGCAACGUCACUGUAAAGACUGGUGAUGUGGAAUGCUCUGUCCAAGAGGUCACCAACACAUAUGUGACCUGCAGGGUUGGCCCAGCAAGUGCUGGUAUACAACCAGUGUCUCUGAGGUUCUCUGGACUGGGCAAUGCCCAAUAUCAAAAUGGCAAUGGUUUUACCUUUACAAACCUGUUAGGAGUAACAUCCAUAUACCCCACUACAGGAAGUGAAGCAGGAGGGACGAUUCUGACUGUGUUUGGUUAUGGAUUCAGUAAUGAUACAGUAGUCACCAUUGGCACUCAGUCAUGUAAUGUUACUGAAGCAGAAUUUAGCCAGCUGAGAUGCAUAGUUCCUGCUGGAUCAACAGGUGUACAGACUGUUACAGUGACCAUGGGAAAGAUGACAGCAACAUCAGACAACUCCUUCACAUACAACAACACUCUGAUGGCCACCAUCACUGCUGUCAACCCACAAACUACAACAGUAUUUGGUCUCAGAGUUCUCACCAUCUUGGGUAGAAAUUUUGAGGUGCAGGUCAAUGGCAGCUCUGUUCUGAUUGGUGAGACCGAAUGUAAACUGUUGAAGUGGACCAAUGAAAACAUUACCUGCAUGUUACCCACACUCGGCCCAGCUGUAUACGACAUCCAUGUGAGAGUCGGGAACCAGGGCUACGCCAUAAUCAGUGCUGGUGUUAGUAGUACCAUAGAGUAUGUUCUGAAGGUGACAGGCUUCUCUCCACCGCUGGGCUCAUUGUAUGGAGGAACCACCAUCAUCAUCACCGGCUCUGGAUUCAGCUCAGUCCCAACAGACAACAAUGUGACUCUGGGAGAUAUACAAUGCCAUAUAACCGAAGCUUCAGACCAACAACUGAUGUGUGUAACCCAGCCUAAGAACAAAUCAUACCUGGUGACAAAUCAAGGAUCCCACGCCGAGUAUGGUCAGGGUUACGCCUGGAGUCCCUCUGCACUUCUAGUCUCAGUGGGAGAUACAGUGGGUUGGCGGUGGGAGGCUCCAGCUCUUGUUGAUGGUCUGGGCUGCAGGGUCUUCAGUGUGUCCAGUCCCAGCAGUAUUGAUUAUGAUGGCAGUGUCUUCAACAGCGGAGGCACCAAAACUGCCAAAGGUUUUUUUACUUAUCGCUUCACAUCUCCUGGAGUUUAUUACUAUAGCAGUGGUUACAUUGACUCCAAUAACCGGACGACAAUGCAGGGCGUAGUCACCGUCAGGCCUGUGGAGGAGAAAACUGUUGAGCUCCAGGUGUCUAUAGCUGGAAUACAGGCCUCUGUAAAUUUAGCCUCGGUGCAAGUAAACUCAUCUGAUUCAGAGUGUGUGGCCACAUCUGACUGUGUCCAAGAUCAGGUGGGGACUUCUGAUGGUCUGUACUUCAGUUUUACUUCCUGUGCCAGUCCCACUGUAGAAAAGAUUACUCCUGACCACGGUACCACACAUGACAUCAUCAACAUCCUGGGAUCUGGCUUCAGCAACACUUCCUGUGCAAAUGAGGUCAGAGUUGGGGGUAACCCAUGUCAAAUCAUCAGCAGCACCUCCACUGAGAUAAACUGCAGACUCAGUCCUGACAGUGGUGCUCCAGUGGGCAUCCGUCUACCCGUAACCGUCCGGGUCAACAACUUGGGUACAGCCAUCAUGACAAUGCCAAAAGAGAACGACCGGACAUUUGUGGUUGUACCUGUGGUUGAUUCUGUCUCUCCCUCUGUGGGCAGUACGACCGGCCACACACGUCUCUUCAUCUCAGGUUCUGGUUUCUUGAACGCAUCUGUUAUAGUAGCAAACACUCCAUGUCACGUGGUUUUCAUGAACUACUCUUAUGUGGUGUGCGACACCUCGCCAUCUCAGGCUGGCAGGGGAAACGUUGCGGUUUACAUUAACGGCAUAUUUUCCUCCUGCAGUUCUGAUUGCAUGUUUGUAUAUUCUGCAACUAUUGCACCAGUUGUCUCCAGUGUGUCCCCUAAUUCUGUUACUGGAAACUCUACUACUGUUUUAAUCACUGGCAGCGGCUUUGGGAACAAUACAGCUGAUCUGAGAGUAUCUGCAGACGACAUUAUACUGAAAGUCACAAAGGUUACAGAUAAGAACAUCACACUUUUAGUUGGUGCCCUGCCUGCUGGCACACAUACCCUACAGGUAGUUGUCAUGAGCAAAGGUCUCGCCACAGGAAACUUCACACUGACCAGCACACCGCAGGCCACCAUCAAACCAACAUCAGGAAGCAUUGCUGGAGGAACUCCACUGUUGAUUGAAGGAAAUGGCUUUGUGGAAGGAAACACCACUGUGAUGUUUGAUGACGACCCCUGCUCGAUUCUGGAAGUGACCCCAGACACAGUGAAAUGUUUGACACCUCCUCAUGCAGAGGGACUGGUGCAGGUGGAUAUUAGGGUGUAUGAUGUUGAGUACCCACAACAAAGUUUUACCUACGCAUCUGAACAAACUCCAGACAUCACCUCAGUGAGCCCUUUAACAGGUCCUGUGGGAACAGAGAUCACUGUGUCUGGUUCAGGGUUUGGCACAGAUGCAGCGCUCAUCUCAGUGAAAAUUGAUGGUGUGAAUUGUGAUGUGACAUCCAUCACAGACACACAGUUGCUGUGCACUGUUGGGGAACACGCAGGAGGAACGUUUCCGGUUACGUUAAACCAUCAUAUCAAAGGUCAUGCCUUGAAACAGUCUGUCUUCAGCUAUGAACUGUUGCUGACAGGUGUCACUCCAAAUGAAGGGAGCUAUGCUGGAGGAGCUGUUGUUGAGAUUCAAGGUUCUGGAUUCGACCCAAACUCCACCAGAGUCCUCAUAUGUGACAGCAAGUGUACAAUAGACCUGCAGAUGUCCACAUCUACCCAACUGUACUGUGAAGUCCCAAACAGCAAUGUAACAUAUGAAACAGAUCAGGUCUGUGAGGUUGCAGUGAUGAAUGGCAAUGAUAGAGUCUACAUCCCAGACGGCUACACAUACAAAUCCUCUUUAACCCCUGUUAUCAGUGAUGUCACACCACGGAGAGGGGGAACAGGUGGAGGCACCAGACUCACCAUUACUGGAUCAGGCUUCAGCGCAAAUGUCAGUGAACUUAACGUGACUAUUGCGGGAUCUGUCUGCGAUGUACAGUCAGCCAAUCAGACCCAGAUUAUUUGUGUGACCAACGCUCACAACAAAUCCCAGGAAACUAAAGUGCGAGUCCUAAUAGGAAACAGAGGAAUCGCCGCAAUGGAUCAUGCUGAUUUCUUCUACAUUGAUGUUUGGUCAUCUCGUGCUACAUGGGGUGGUCUCUCUCCUCCUGAGAAAGGCUCAAUGGCUGUAAUCACUGCUGGUCAAACCAUUCUGUUGGACACCAGCACUCCUGUCAUAAAGAUGCUCCUCAUCCAAGGUGGACGGCUGAUUUUUGAUGAGGCAGAUAUUGAGCUACAGGCGGAGAACAUUUUGAUCACAAAUGGUGGAGCUUUACAGAUCGGGAGAGAGCAGCAGCCCUUCCAGCAUAAGGCCAUCAUUACACUGCACGGACAUUUAAGAUCUAAAGAAAUUCCUGUCUAUGGUGCUAAGACCCUGGCUGUCAGAGAAGGAGUGCUGGAUCUGCAUGGAAUCCCAGUACCUGUACCGUGGACUCAUCUUUCCCAGACUGCACAGAAUGGCUCCAGUACUCUCACACUGAUGGAUGCUGUCACCUGGAAGACUGGAGAUGAAAUUGUCAUUGCUUCAACAGGGGACAGAAAUAGCCAGAGAGAGAAUGAGUUGAGAAAAAUUGCUUCAGUUUCGGCUGAUGGCAGGACCCUCACACUGACCGAACCCCUGACCUACACUCAUCUGGGUGUGUCUGUCACUUUGCCUGAUGGGACUGUUUUUGAAGCAAGAGCAGAGGUGGGACUUCUUACCAGAAAUAUUGUUGUCCGUGGAUCCUACAACCAGGAGUGGAAUAAUUCGAUACCAGCUUGCCCUGAUGGCUUCAACACAGGGGAAUUUGCAGUGCAGACAUGUUACCAGGGGAGAUUUGGUGAGGAAGUAGGAAGUGAUGAGUUUGGUGGUUGCAUCAUGUUCCACCCACCACAACCUGACCAGAACCUGGCAAUUGGCAGAAUUGAAUAUGUUGAGGUUUAUAAUGCUGGACAGGGGUUCCGCCUUGGACGACACCCAAUCCAUUGGCAUCUAAUGGGUGAUGUGUAUAAGUCGUAUGUGCGAGGCUGUGCCAUACAUCAAUCUUACAACCGUGCUGUGGCCAUCCGCAACACCCACAACCUGCUGGUGGAGCAUAAUGUCAUCUAUGAUAUUAAAGGCGGAGGCUUCUUUAUUGAAGAUGGCACUGAGAACGGAAACAUCUUGCAGAACAAUUUGGCCGUAUUUGUCAGACAAAGCACAAGUUUGCUAAAUGAUGAUGUGACUCCAGCUGCAUACUGGGUAACCAACCCAAACAACACUAUUAGACAUAACGCAGCAGCUGGUGGGACGCACUUCGGUUUCUGGUACCACAUGGAUAAUUGUCCUAAUAGUCCAUCAUCAUAUGGUUCCAACAUCUGUCCGAAUAAAAUACCACUUGGAGAGUUUUUUAACAAUACAGUGCAUUCACAGGGCUGGUAUGGAUUGUGGAUCUUCCAGGAGUAUUUUCCUAUGCAGAAUGAUAACAGCUAUUACAAAAUGCCAAUACCAGCAGUCUUCCGCCGCCUGACCUCCUGGAACAAUGAGAAAGGUGCUGAGUGGGUGAAUGUUGGAGCUGUGCAAUUCAGUGAGUUUCUCAUGGUCAAUAAUGAAAAAGCAGGAGUGGCGACCAAGAGGAUCACAUGGGACUAUGUCAGUGGAUGGGGGCUGGAAGGAGGUGCAGCCGUGGUCAACAGCACCAUUGUGGGUCAUGUGGAUGAUCUGGGACUGGGAAAUGAUUACUGCACCACACUUGGUGUUGUUCUGCCUUUGGAUGAUGGUAUGAGUGUCAUCAACACCAAGUUUGUGAACUUCAACCGGCUAUCAUGUGCAGCUUUUGGGGUGGCAGAAGUUAUUGGAACCUGCACAUCCCACUGUGGAGGCUGGAGCGCGAGGUUUGGUGGGAUCCGAUUCAAUCAGUCCCCCAACAAGGCCAGGUUCAGAUGGGAGCAUGAGGUGGUGCUUGUAGAUACUGAUGGAUCCCUGACAGGGAAAUUUAACUCCAAGGUGGUGCCAAUGAGUAACCUGCUUGAUCCAAGUCACUGCUCUCAAGUAGCAGAUUGGAGUGUCGGUGUUCCCGGAGCAGUUUGUGACAACACCAUUAACUUUCAUCGUCUGGUUUUCAACAAUCCCCAACCAGAUUCACUCCGGUCUAACAAUGUGACUCUCACCAACUCUUUUGGGUCAUGUGUGCUACCUUUUCUUGAAACGCUUGUGACCGACAAUAAUGGCUGGAUGGCAUUGGUGCCUUCAAACCAAACCUACAACUGGUACUUUGGGGAUGAUUAUCAAUUCAGCACCAUAACAUAUACUGGAAUGAUCUACGGCUUUAAGCCAGAGGAUUAUAUCAUUCUGACUCACAACUUUACUCAAGAUUUUGAGGGGCUCCAGUUCCACAUUAUAGAUGACCGAAACGGUGCCUCACAGCCCCUGAACCCUGCUGUGAAUGUAAAUGGAGACUGGUACUUCAACAAGGAUUCAUACAUGGUCUAUUACUUGGUGUCUGGAAGAGAUCAUGUCUUUCGGUCGAUAAGCAGUGUGGACCGUUCGCUUAAAGACAUACGUGUAGACUUCCAUUCAUAUCAGUGUCUCUAUCAGAACUGUAUCCAACCAACACAACCUCCAGCAACUUCACCUCCAACUCCUUUACCUGGUCAUCCCUGGUCAAAUACAUUAUUUUGGAGGUCAAGCUCAGCAAACAACUACGCUGUACCACAAACAGACUCUGAUGUGGUCAUUCCAUUAGGGACAUGUGUGGUUGUAGAUAUUCAAAUUCCUUCCCUGAACAAGCUGACAAUAUUUGGAGUUUUGGUGAUACCAGACACAAAUAAUGGCACGGCAAACAUCGGUGGUUCUCAAUAUAACAACAUUGUUCUUGAAGUCACAUACAUCUCCAUUCAGGGUGGCCAUCUGAUUGCUGGGCGGGCUGAUCAACCCUUCAGAGGUGAACUACAGAUCAUACUGAAAGGAAACCAUUUCACACCAGAUUGGCAGUUGCCUGGAAUAAACCAAGGGUCUAAAGUGCUGGGUGUGUUUGGAUCUCUUGAUCUGUAUGGCAUGCCACACAAUGUGUAUCACACUAAGCUGGCUAAAACCGUCCAAGCGGGAAACAACACUCUCUCUCUGGAGGAAACUGUUGACUGGAAGGUUGGAGAUCAGAUUCUGCUGUCCACCACCAGUUAUGACCCAUGGCAGACAGAAAUUCGCACCAUAAAUGGAGUCUCAGAUGAUGGCCGCACACUGAUCCUGGAUCGGCCUGUAUCAUACACACACGUUGGACAAAGGCACAACGUUCCAGGAUCUUCUAGAAGCUAUCAGCUUGCAGGGAAUGUGGGUCUGUUGACCAGAAACAUCAAGAUCAUUGGACAGGAGUAUCCAGCCAUGAACACACAGUCUUAUGGAGCAAGAGUACUGGUGGCCACUGUCCCAGGAAGAGAAUUUGACUACAGAGGAAAAGCUCAGAUCAGAAACGUUGAGUUCUACCACACAGGACAGGAGGGAUGGAACGACCCAUCAGAUCCACGUUACUCUCUGGCGUUUCUGAACCUGAGAAAUGUGGCUGAUGAGUCCUACAUCAAGGGAUGUGCUUUUCAUGAUGGCUUUGCUCCUGCUAUUGGGGUGUUUGGAACAGAUGGACUGAAUAUUGAUGACAACGUGAUCCAUCACACUGUUGGAGAAGGAAUCAGAAUAUGGGGUGAUAACAGUGCUGUCCGGAGAAACUUGGUCACUAUGACACUGUGGCCAGGAUCCUACAAUGGUGCAUCUGAGACUUUAAACACUGAAUGGAAUGCAGCUAUUGAGGUUAGUGAAACAACCAAUGUGAUUCUUCAAGGGAAUAUUGUUGCUGGUUAUGAACGAGUGGGAUUCAGAAUUGAUGGAGAACCUUGCCCAGAAUCAGAUUUAGUAGCCCAGUGGAGUGAUAAUGAAGCACAUGGUGGUCUGUAUGGAGUCUACAUGAAUAAAGACGGACUUGCUGGUUGCUCUCAAAUCCAGGGGUUCACCGUCUGGAAGAGUUUUGAUUUUGGCAUUUACGUACAAGUAUCUAUGAAUGUGUACAUCUCUAAUGUGACUUUAGUUGAUAAUGGAAUGGGCAUCAUGCCUAUAAUCUACAGUCCUCCAUCUGUCAGCCACGAAUACGAUGACAAAACCGUCUAUGUACAGGAGUCUCUGAUUGUGGGCAGCAGCCCUGAUUUUAACUGUUUGGACACACUGGCAACAACUGAGACAUAUGUUGCACUCAGCCAAAGCCACAGGGCUCCACGACCCCCUAAAGGUGGCAGGUCUGGAGUUUGCUGGCCGACGUUUGAAUCUGACCACAACCAAGCACCACAGAAACCUCACCCUGGACUCACAAGCUACAAUGCCAUAGCCGGUUUACUGACGGUCUCUGAUACAACAUUUGUUGGGUUCAGGAAUGUGUGCUCCACUGAAAGAAAUUACAUGUUCAUGACCAACCCAGGAAAUGAGGACCUACAACAUCCAAUCAGUGUUGAGAGGAUCUCUAAGAUAGACAGCACUGAAGAAUCUCUAGCAUUCAUUCAUAACCCUGAUCUCAGUAAAGUGAACCCAUCAGCCUGUGUUGACAUGGACUGUGAUGCUAAGAAGAAAACUCUGUUGAAGGAUCUGGAUGGAAGUUUCUUGGGUGCAGUAGGAGCAGUGGUGCCGUAUUCAGAGUACGAGUGGAACGGAGACCCGCGGCAUGGAUUGGGUGAUUACCGCAUCCCUAAAGUCAUGCUCACUGCUCUCAACGGCAGCCGCAUACCUGUCAAUCACAUAGCUCCUAAUAAAGGUGUGAUCAGAGACUCUUGUACAUACAUGAACACCUGGCAGAGCUACAAGUGCUUUGGACUCAAUUAUCAGAUGCUGGUUAUUGAAAGUAUGGACACAGACACAGAAACAAGACGUCUAUCACCUGUGGCCAUCCUGGGGGACAAAUAUGUAGAUUUACUGAAUGGCCCACAAGACCACAGCUGGUGUACAGGUUAUGCCUGCAGGAAGAGAGUCUCUCUGUUUCACAGCAUUGUGGCCACCAAUAAGUCCUUUGAUAUCUAUUUCACCAGCACAACACCACAGAAGCUGAGACUUAUGAUGCUAAAUGCUAAAACUACAGAGGCUGUUAGGGUGGCUAUAUUUUACUCAAACCCUCAGCGGUUAGACGUGUAUGUAAACGACAAUUUAGUUGCUCCGACUAACGCUCAGUGGAAUCCAGACCACACAGAUUACACAACAAUUGAGCCGACAUAUCCAGGUGAAUAUCUUCCAAGUUUAGACUCCGAUCACGGUUCCAACUUCUUUGACCCAGACUACAAUAUGUUGUACAUACUUCUUCGUGGCUCACAACCGGUCCAGAUCCGCACUUCUCCGCUUCUUUUUGUGGCCUUCAACCUCCCGGCCAUGACUGAGGCGGAGUUCUUUGGACAUAAUUUGGUCACAAAUCUGGCUGCAUUCCUCAGAGUACCACCGAAUAUGAUUCGAAUCACCAAGAUCAUCCGUGAGGGCAGCAGUGCACGAAGACGGCGUGCGACUGGACUGACGGUUGAGAUUCAGAUCAGUCAGCCACCCAUCAGCAUCAACAGCACCACUGUUGAAGAUGAGCAGCAGUUUGUAAUUCUGAAGAACGCUGCUGAUGAACUGGGCCGUGCUGCUGUAUCAGGCGAUCUGAGUCAAUCCAUCGGCUUCAAUGUGUCUUCUCUGGACAUUAUCACCCCUCCACCCUCUUCCAGUGACCCAUCCUGGAGUCAAGUGGCCACUCAGGAGGUGACUCGUGAAGACCCUCAAGUGGAGUCGGUCAGCACAGUGUCUUCACUGAUAAUUGUGGUCCAACCGGUGGCUGCGUUGUACCCUGGACCCCUCAGCGUGCAGCCCAGCAUCAUAGCUGUGGAUGCAGAGGGUAACUGUGUGUCUGUGGGUGUGACGAGUCUAACAAUCUCAGCUGAACUCAAAGAUGCUUAUGGGAAUCCAGCAGAGGGACUUUCUGGAAACACAUCCAUCCUGUUUAAUGGCUGCUGGGCCAAUUUCACAGACCUCAGCAUCUUAAACACUGGUGUUAACCUGAAGUUGGCAUUUACUCUGAAUGAAUGGAAUGCUGAGUCGAGAUCCUUUACUGUCAGAGAGGUUACAACUCCUGCUCAACCCCCAGUUACAACUCCUGCACAUGUGGUUGUCACCACGGAGUGGGAGUUUCCAAACAUCUUUGACUCCAGUCCAUCAGUCUCAUCACCAUCUGUGUAUCUGCUCAUGCUGUUAACUGCUCUACUCCACCUGUUCAGAGAAACCUAGGAACAAAUCAAAUCAUUUGAAAACGUGCAAUAUAAAACCUGCCUUCUCUGUUAACCC